AUGACAUCCUCAUUGCCCAACGAACUCAUAACGGAACCCGAUUCACGCCGUAAGAUUGGUGUGAAAGGAGAUGUUCUUCUCGAAACACCUUAUUGGAAUAAAGGAACUGCAUUCACAGCCAAGGAGCGUGAGGAGUUUGAUCUUAUCGGGAGGCUCCCCUAUCGUGUCAAUACACUCGACCAGCAAUGCGAGCGCGCUUGGAGACAACUUGAAAUUCGCGAGACACCUAUGCGAAAGAAUUCAUUCUUGCAGAGUUUGAAGGCUCAAAAUUGGGUGCUCUACUAUGCCCUCAUCUUGCGCCACCUGAGGGAACUCAUACCCAUAAUAUACACGCCAACUGAGGCCGAAGCCAUCUCCAACUACAGUACCCUUUUCCGCCGGUCUGAAGGAUUGUAUCUUUCUUUCCCCAAUGCUCACCGGAUGGAAGAAGAUUAUCUAUCCCAGACCAGAAACAUGGAGAUUGAGUUGAUCAGCACGGCCAAAGCAGCCAUAUACACAUUGGUCGGAGGUGUGCAUCCUGCCAAAGCCCUUCCCGUUGUCCUCGACGUCGGGACAGACAACGAGCAUCUGUUAAACGACCCUCUGUAUGUCGGUUGGCCGGAACGGCGAGUGACCGGAGACCAGUAUGACGACUUUGUCGACAAAUUCGUUCAACUCGUUAGAAGGCAUCAUCCACACUGCCUGCUUCACUUUGAAGAUUUCGGUGUAGAAAAUGCUGAGAGGCUGUUGGAGAAAUAUCGUGAGACACAUGCAGUAUUCAACGAUGACGUACAAGGCACUGGAGCAGUAACACUUGCCGCUCUCACGGCUGCAUGUCAUGUAACGAAGUCAAAGCUUUCUCAUCAAAGGAUCGUUGUCUAUGGUGCUGGAUCUGCAGGUCUAGGAAUUACGCACCAACUUCGUGAGGCAAUUAUUCAAGAAACCGGCCUUCCCCAUGAAGAAGCCUCCAAAAGAUUCUAUCUUAUUGACAAGGCAGGCCUUAUCACCGAGUCUGUGGCACGUCAAACGCACCUUCGAAGAGGUCUUUUGGAUUUCGUCCGCCCGGACACAGAAUGGACCGAUGUGAAGAAGGACGAUAAUGGUGCAAUCCGACUUCUCGAAGUCGUCAAAAAAAUUAAGCCCACAGUCUUGAUCGGAACGUCCACGCACGGGGGAGCCUUCACGAGAGACAUAGUGGCAGCCAUGAGUGAAGGUGUCGAGAGGCCGAUCAUCUUCCCGCUUUCGAACCCAAGUCGCCUGGCUGAAGUUGAUCCGAAGGAUGCGAAUGAAUGGAGCGACGAUAAGGCGCUGUUGGCUACGGGGUCACCAUUUCCGGCGGUUAAGAUGAAGAGUGGUAAAGAAUACCAGAUAGCAGAAUGCAACAAUGCUCUGAUCUAUCCAGGUCUUGGAUACGGCAGCAUGAUCAGCAAGGCCAGACAGAUGUCGAAUGAAAUGAUCGUCGCUGGGACACAAGCCCUUGCUAAAUUAUCCCCAGCCCUUAGAGACCCUGAUCUCUCACUACUUCCAGACUUCGAGGAUGCGCGCGCCGCCAAUACUGAAGUCGCGGUGGCCGUGGCAACUCAAGCGAUCAAGGAUGGAUUGGCGGACGUCGAUUGGGGUGUUGAUGAAGUGAGGGAAAAGGUUGAGGAGAAAAUGUGGGUGGCGGAGUAUGAGGAGUACGGAUGGGAUGCGGAUGGGGAGAAGUUGUGA